UUCCUUUUCCCUCUCCCUCAUCCUACCCAGCACGCUUUAUUUCCAGGUCCAAUUCAUCACCGCCGACUUGACAAGCCGUCGUCCUACCUCUUCUACUCAACUUCCACACACAUAAACAUCGCCAAAAUGAUCGAGGUUCCCAAGACCGAGAGGCUGACUGACAUGUUCAGCCUGAAGGGCAAGGUUGUCGUCGUGACGGGCGCGUCGGGACCUGGCGGUAUCGGGCUGGAAGCCGCCAGGGGCUGCGCCGAGAUGGGCGCGACCGUGAUCGUCACAGCCUUCAGCAGACUCGAGGGUGCACAGAAGAACGCCGAGGCCCUGGCCAAGGAGUACGGGGUCAAGACGGGAGCGUACCAGUGCGACAUCAGGUCGUGGGAGGCCGUCAAGGGCUUCGUGGAAAAGGUCAUCGCCGACUUUGGCCAGAUUGACGUCUUCAUCGCCAACUCGGGCCGGACGGCGGACGCGGGCGUCAUUGAUAGCACCGCCGAGGAGUGGGACCAGGUCAUUCAGUCCGACCUGAGCGGCACCGCAUACUGUGCCAAGGCCGUCGGCGAGCACUUUAGGAAGCGCGGAAAGGGCUCGCUCGUCAUCACAGCGAGCAUGUCGGGACACAUUGCCAACUUCCCCCAGGAGCAGACCUCGUACAACGUCGCCAAGGCCGGCUGCAUCCACAUGGCCAAGUCCCUGGCCAACGAGUGGAGGGAAUUUGCGCGCGUCAACUCAGUGUCGCCCGGCUACAUCGACACGGGCCUCUCCGACUUUAUCGACCAGAAGACGCAGGACCUCUGGAAGUCCAUGAUCCCCAUGGGCCGCAACGGCGCGCCCAAGGAGCUCAGGGGCGCCUACGUGUACCUGGCCUCGGACGCCAGCACGUACACGACGGGCGCCGACAUCGUCGUGGACGGCGGCUACACCACGCGCUAGAGCAGAAUGGCUCUAAAAAUGUAACAGACAAUACCCUGGUUACAUGCUAGAUGCUAGACAUAGAACAAUCGAAGAGAUGCAUCCUUUGGG